GGCCGAGCUGCCUCUGCCCCGUCCCGUACCUCUGCCACGUUCACAACUGCCACCCACACGCCCACAUGCCCACCCGCCCACUCGUACCUGCACCAGCACCAGCACCUGCGCCAGCACCUGCACCUGCACCUCGACUUGUCCUGUACUGUCCUGCACCUAGCAAGCACGAGCCCCCUUUUCCACAGCUCCCCGCACGGGCCAACUUGUCACCCGGUGGGAGGUACCCUUUUGCCCAAAUUUCCUACGAGCCCCUUUGCAAUCAUCUCAACCUUCUCCCAAAUCUGCCCAUUCUCCGUGCCGUGCAGAACUUCCUCACGACACGACCAAUUCUCCUUCAUCUUCUCAUCCCCUCCUAUUUCGUAGUAUUCUUUUGACGCCAACGGCCAUCGCUCUCUCUCCCCUUCACGAAGGCCUUUUUUCCCACAGCGCCUCACCCGCCCCGGCCCAACUCGUCAGAGCUGCGUGUCCCUUCCUGUCACUCGUUCCUACCCUCCUUUUCCGACAUCAGCCAAUUUUACAUUCACAAUGGCUUCUAACGGCGCCCCUGUCACCACCCCUCCCGAGCUUCCUAUCGGCAAGCCUUCCUCUCCCAUUGCGGAUGUGGGUCAAGGAGAAUAUGAGCAGAAUCCUAACCUCAGGCCUACAGUCUCAUCUGGCGUGAUUGAGAACAAGAACAUUGUCCGCAGGAAGCUGACGGGCUACGUUGGCUUUGCCAACCUUCCCAACCAAUGGCACCGUAAGAGUGUUCGCAAGGGUUUCAACUUCAACGUUAUGGUUGUUGGCGAGUCUGGUCUCGGAAAGUCUACCCUUGUCAACACCCUGUUCAACACUUCCCUCUACCCACCUAAGGAGCGCAAGGGACCCAGUCUCGAUAUUCUCCCCAAGACUGUUACAAUCCAGUCUAUUAGUGCAGAUAUCGAGGAAGCAGGUGUUCGCCUGCGCCUGACUGUUGUUGAUACCCCUGGUUUCGGCGACUUCGUCAACAAUGACGAGUCCUGGAGGCCAAUCACGGAUAACAUCGAGCAGCGUUUCGACGCUUACCUGGAUGCCGAGAACAAGGUCAACCGGAUGAACAUUGUGGACAACCGCAUCCACGCGUGUGUCUUCUUCAUCCAGCCCACCGGCCACUCGCUGAAGCCUCUCGACAUUGAGGUGAUGAAGCGUCUUCACACCAAGGUCAACCUGAUUCCCGUCAUUGCCAAGUCCGACACUCUGACGGACGAGGAGAUCACGGCUUUCAAGGCCAGAGUCCUGGCAGACAUCAAGCACCACAACGUGCAGAUCUUCGAAGGCCCUCGUUAUGAGCUCGACGACGAGGAGACCAUCGCCGAGAACAACGAGAUAAUGUCCAAGGUUCCUUUCGCCGUCGUCGGUGCCACCGGGGAGAUCACAAAUGCCGACGGUCGCAAGGUGCGCGGUCGUCAGUACCCCUGGGGUGUCAUUGAGGUCGACAACGAGGAGCAUUGCGACUUUGUCAAGCUCCGCCAGAUGCUCAUCCGGACCCACAUGGAGGAGCUCAAGGAGCACACCAACAACCUCCUCUACGAGAACUACCGUACAGAUAAGCUCAUCCAGAUGGGUGUCUCGCAAGACCCAAGCGUCUUCAAGGAGGUCAACCCAGCUGUCAAGCAGGAGGAGGAGCGUUCCCUGCACGAACAGAAGCUCGCCAAGAUGGAGGCCGAGAUGAAGAUGGUCUUCCAGCAAAAGGUCGCCGAGAAGGAGUCCAAGCUGAAGCAAAGCGAGGAGGAGCUGUACGCCAGGCACCGGGAGAUGAAGGAACAACUGGAGCGCCAAAGACUGGAGCUCGAGGAGAAGAAGUCGAGAGUCGAGAGCGGACGGCCAAUCGAAAAGGAAGGCAAGAGGAAGGGAUUCUCCCUCCGAUAAGCGUCGACUCCCUGAGCGCCUUUCUUCUACGAUCCACGCCUGCAUACGCCUUAUGCCCAUGCACUACCAGCCUGCCGCUUGUUUCACAUUUCGUCUUCACUGUCACCAUUUUAAUCACGUCCUACCUAAUCCUCGAAAAGUCCUCCACGGUACGGCUAAUCAAAACGGCCCCUUGGCUCGUAGCAAAAUGGCACCCCGACCAAGACCAGAACUACAUACUUUGGAGAAAGAAGGCGUGUCGCAUUUGAGCGGUUCUCUUCGCCCCUACCCGGGGUCCCCGCACCCUUCUGCAUCAUACACUUUUGGGUUGGGGAUCUCGGCUCAGGUAUUUGCGAUGCCCAAAACAGCCUAGAGUACAUUUCCAUACUCCAUCGAACCAGGAGCUGGUCUGGCAACGCACGGCUCCCUGGUGCAAGCGUACACACAGCGCUGGCUUUUUCUUCUUCGCAACCACGUGUCGGCUCGACAUUUCGAAAUACGACUUUCUAUAAUUUAUGACGGACGUUGAGACCCCUCCUUGCCAUAGGGGACCAGUCCAAUUUCGCUGGUAGCCCACGACCAACACUUCGGGGAACUUCCUUCUUUCUUCUCGGCGAGGCGUCUCUAUGGCCUCUCAGAAGUUCUGGCAGUGGGCCAUGGGAUGUGCGACGACGUGUGACGGAGAGCAGUGGCUGUGAUACCUAAUCAUGGAGGAUGAGGCCGGUUAGGUGGACGGUCGAGCCGUGGGCGUAGAUGUCUUGUGUGGAUGCAUCUAGUAUCUCAAAGACCGGUUUUUGUUUGGAAUCUGGGAUCGCAUUUGACGGCUUUACUCUACUAUCAUACCCCCUCAUGCCCCUGAUUCUCCCAAGCACGUCUUUCUUCUUUUUUAUUUCCCCCGGCCCGUUUAGUGUCGAGUACUACUGCGUUUUCCUUAUCGUCGCCCUGCAGCUCUUCUCUAGUUUAGUGGUUUCUGAUCAUAAAAUGAUGGAUUUCCAUCAAACA